GGGGAGCGGCGCGGGACGGGGCCCUUUCCCCCCUUCCCCUUAAAAAUCUUUCGUGAGACGUCGUCUGAAGCGCCUGGGGGGGAGGUGGUGUGUGCGUGUGUGUGUGUGUGUGUGUGUGUGUGUGUGUGUGUGUGUGUGUUUGUGUGUAAGUAAGUAAGUAAGUAAUUCCUUCACGAAUUUUCCUCACGUAUCUCCUGUCCUUGCUCCCUCCGAACCGAGGUGGCUGAGAGGUUUAUUGAGCCCCUUCUCCAUGUGCUUAAAACGCGCAGCUACUGUAAGGCUUACAGCCUUGCGCCGCGUUCUGGGCCGCCGGGAGCCAGGGCAUUCCCGGCCCUGGGAGCCGGAGCGUUCCGGGCCGCCGGGAGCUGGCUGUGCUGCGUCAGGAGGCAGCAGUUUACAGCCCUGACGCGCUAGAGAACCCUGGAAUGGUUUGGGUUGGAAGGGAUCGUCACGAUCAUCGCAUUCCAGCACAGCAGCUUUCUAAUCUGCCGAAGCAGAACCUCCGCUAUUGUUUAACCCCUUCCCUUGCCCUGUUCCUCAGGGACUGUUAAAUGUGUGUGAUAUGGAGAUAAGGGCCUCUCCUCACACCACCCACACGGGAUCCUCGGCCUCCUCCCCGCAUCUCAGGGAGGUGUUGCUGUUGUUGCAGUUUGGGCUCUGAGUGAUCUUGCGUGGUCAUAACCUGCUGCUCAGAGAGGAAGGUGUGACUUCGGGUUUAUCUUUCCCACCUUAGCAUAGCAGUUUAGGUAUCUUUCGAGAUUUUCUGCCUUCUUCUUGGGAAAGGUGACUUUUAAUGGGUUUAAUGUGUGUGUUUACAAAUGCUGCUGUCUGCUGUAGCUGCUUGGCUUGUGUCACACAUGCAAAGCUAGUUGUGAGGUGUUACAGCCUGCAGUGUAUAUCCAAGGUGUACGUUCCCUACUGGAUUGGCAUUGUGGUUGUUUUAGUGUGAAUUCCUACCACAGUAGUUCAGAAAAGGCACAAAUCGUUCCAUUCUGAACUUGUUUGCAAUUUCCAGGAGAGAGGAGGAGUCCACAGCACCCAGAGCCAGAAAGGGCUGUGGGUUAAAAUCCCUCCCCACCUCACUGCAGUUAAAUUUGGUAUAGCAUAUCUAUGAGCUGUGCUUUAGUGACAACGUGGUGGCAGUAAGGCAUUACCCAGGAUGUGUGAUGUAGUGAUUCCUGGUAAAGACCUUGCUUAAAACUGUCUCUCCAGAAGCAGACGUGAGGUUUGCAGCUAAUUGAAGAUGCACUGGGCAGCUGUUCUGGUCAACAGUGCUCUCUGUUCUCUUGUGGCCCUGUUAAAUUAGGAAGAAAAUAAGUUUGUGUUGGAUAGAAGAAAGAGGGGAGGUCAUUGGGUUCAGUAGCUGGUGCUGCUAUGAGAACAGGUGAUGAUGGGCUACUAUUGCCAUACAAGGAAUGCAGUCUCAUAUAAAAUAUCAGUGGAGACAUCUUUCUUGAAGCUCUCACUGCACUCUGUUCUUCUCCCUCCCUGUAAUUUGCUCACCUGGUGCCACCAAUCAUAAUGGUAGGAAGAGCCUCAAUCUGGAAUUCUGGGAAUGAUGAAAGUUACUUUUUACUUCUCAUGUACUGCGUAAGCAAUCUCUGCUAGGUUGUGUUUGGAGUAGGAGAGACAAGGCAGUGUUUAAUGUCAAUACCUGUCACUGCUCAGGAAAUCCAGAAAUCCUGUGUUUGUCUUCCUCAGAUUUUUAAGGAAAGAAGGUAAGUUUUUUUUGUUAUUUUGUUGGUUUAUUUAAAGCAUGGCUUGCAGUCUCCCAGCAAAACUAGUGAGUGAGCUGGAGAGAAAUUGAAAUAUGCCCUGAAGUUUAGCACUUUCUUCACGUCCUGCUAACACUCAGUUUGUGGGAACUUGGAACCGCAAACCUCCAGAAAAUUAUCCCCGUUUGUAAAACAACUCAGCUGAUUAAGUCACGGUCCACAGAGGUUCAUGCUGUGCUCUGCAUUUACCCUUCCUCUCUCUCCUGCCCUGUUCCUCCCCCAGCCAGGUUUGCUGCUGCUGAAAUGGGGGAGUAUGGAGUCGCUCCAGGCCAGCGCGUGGCCAUUGUCUGGGACAGCUCCUCACCGGUUGAAGCUCUGAAGGAUUUGGUGGAUAAAGUCCAAACACUGGUGGGAGCUGAUAAUAGUGUCUCUGUGGAAAAUGUCAACCAGCUGCCUCAGUCUCACAGGGAGUCCAGUUUCGACGUAAUCCUUUCUGGCAUGGUCCCAGGUAGUACAGCACAGCACAGUGUGGAGAUCCUGGCUGAAAUAGCUCGAAUACUUAAGCCGGGGGGCCGUGUCCUCCUGAAAGAACCAGUGGUUACAGAAUCAGGAGACAAUGGUAAAAUCAAGACAGAAGCCAAGCUCCUCACAACUCUGACUCUCUCUGGAUUGGUGGAAGUGAAGGAGCUGCAAAAGGAAGUGCUGACCCCAGAGGAGGCCCAGUCUGUCGGAGAACAUCUGGGUUACCAAGGCAAUGACCUUCUCAUUAUUCAGAUAGAAGGCAGGAAGCCCAAUUUUGAAGUGGGAUCCUCAAGUCAGCUCAAGCUUUCCUUUGCCAAGACACCUGGUCCUUCAGGAAAACCCUCUGUGGACCCAGCUGCUGCCAAGCUGUGGACACUGUCUGCCAGUGAUAUGAAUGAUGAAGGGAUGGAUCUUUUGGACUCUGAUGAACUGUUGGAUUCAGAGGAUUUGAAAAAGCCAGAUCCAUCAUCCCUCAGAGCUCCAUCCUGCAAAGAAAUGGGCAAAAAGAAAGCCUGCAAGAACUGCACAUGUGGCCUGGCUGAAGAAUUGGAACAGGAGAAGAAGAGCUCACAGCCCAAAUCUGCCUGUGGAAAUUGCUACCUGGGGGAUGCAUUCCGCUGUGCCAGCUGCCCUUACCUGGGGAUGCCUGCCUUCAAGCCUGGGGACAAGAUUCUCCUGCAAGAGAACCAGCUGCAUGAUGCCUAACAAAGAUGUGUCCUGCCAAGGACUCUGGUGAUUUUCCAUCACUCUGAGGUUUUUCCUGCAGUUGUCCUCAUCCUCUCAAACUAAUGCUCUCCAGCUGAUACUCCAUGUGGGGAGGGAUACUGCAGGCACUGACACUGCUGUGAGCUCACUGCUUUUCAUCAGCCUUGGGCUACCUGAUCCUCUGGUGACAAGUCACGUAUUAGACUUCAUGUUACACCUUGUUUUGGCUGACCUGACCUGAUCCUGGAUGCUGGCCGUCACAGCGUGUCCCACCAGCAGAGGGAAGUACAGUCACAUGUCAGGUUGUCCUUGUGUGCCUGUGGCAUUUCCCAUACCCAUGUCCUGCAGCUCUAAUUAGUCCUGAUUUUCCCUGGUGAAUCAGCAGCUCUGGCUCAGCCUGUGGCGUGACUGGGCUCCUGCUGUCUUUGAAAUUUGAACCUGCAGCCCCUUAUCAUGUGGAGGUGGUUCUGCAGGUGGCAAGUCAGGAGCAGGGAGUGCCCUUAGCAGUAUAUACUCUUAGCAGUGUGCAUGGGAAAGGCUGGCAGGCAUGAUGAAUUUUCAAGUGUGUUGGGAGCCCCUACCCCCAGCUGUUUUCAGCAAAAUGAAGAACGUUCAGUCCCACCAAAAACUCCUGCCUUUAAGGCUCAGAGCUGAUGAAACAAGAUCUGUCUUGUUUUCCCACAGCUUUCAGUCCAACACUAACUGAUAACACAAGGGCAAUCUGAGACUGUCACCUCUCUUGGUGGUUACCCAAGUGAGUUACCUGCAGUGUCAAAGACAUAAGAACUUAGCAAUAACUUAAUUUCUGGAUGAUCUAUGGUGUGGCCCUCUGCUCCUUCUCCAUGAGAUACUAUUUAUUUGUAUAGUUACUGCUAGAAAAGCAUCCUGCAGGUGUUGGAUUAGGGUGCUGUUCACAUUUUGUGCUGGGCUUGCUUCUCACCCAGGGAGGGGGAGGAGGAAAGCCCACAUCCAGUGUCUCAGUGGGGACUGCUUUGUUUGGAGCUCUUGCUCAACAGGAUGUGACUUGUUGUGUGCUACCUGAAUUACUACACUCAUGGAGGGGGCUGGGAUGAAAGGCUGUUCUGUUCUUGAAAUAAAAGUGACCAAUAGUAAAGCCUUUGUUUUAAGGCUGGUA